AUGGCUACCCUGGACAAGGUCAAAGAUGGUUCAGCAAAGAAGCUGAUCGAAGAAAUGAUAAAGCUAAAACCACAAGAAAGGCCAUCGAGCAAAUACGUCGCCAAACAUCCGACCUUUUGGGACGAUGAGAAGAGAAGCAGGUUCAUCCAGGCCAUUAGUGACCUCAUCACGGCAAAAGACGAAAAGCUGAAAGCCGCUGUCAAUGUGGAUCCCACUCGGGUGCUCGGAGAGGAGCAAGGCAAGCCCAAGGACUGGAGGAAAAUAAUCAACCUCUCCUCACUGGAAAAAGAUCCUAAAAGGCAACGGAGCUACAAGGAGACCACAUCUGAGCUGCUGCGGUUGGUUCGAAAUAAGCUCCACCACUUCGAUGAGGUACCUGAAGAAGGACGACGCAUGGUGGGCGACACCCGGAGUGGACUGGUCGACUACAUAAUCGACAAGUUCCCUCUUCUGCUGGUGCUUGUGUGGGAGGCAGCGAAAAACCAUCGCGAAAAACGAAGCAUAUGCUUGUUCUACACUGGUAAUGAUAUCGUCAAGGUGGGCCUAAGCACUAUCAUCCUUCGGGACGGAUUCGGUCUCAGCGAGCUGACGGAGCUGCGGAGCUCACGGGAGACUUUGGAGCGGCUGUCAGUCGCCGCCACCGACCUCUCGCAAUUGGAAAAACAUCUGCCGAAGGGGCUCAGACGCAUCAAUGUCAGAGGUGAGGUACCUAAGAAGAUCACAUAG